AUUUUUAUAUGUGGCCAACAGUUAAAUGAAAUCUGGUCCAGUCAGUGUCAUUGUCCUCUGAUAGUGUGGAUGGGAUGCAGUUUGACUGAAGACAUUAUCAUUGUAGAAAACAUCAGCAUCCAGACCUUUGGAAUCCACAUCUCAGCUGUGUAUGAAUGAUAAGGGAGAAGGAGAACAUUAUGUAUGACAAAGUAUGACUAAGUAAUCACAUUGUUUGCAAAAUAGUGGUUGAUAUGAUGUAUAUCUAUAUGACAUAAUUGUUCAUUUUGAGGUCACAGUUAGUCGUGGUGUUAUCCCUGUCAGGAAUAAGUCUGGAGGGGAUCAUGUGUGCAGUCAUGUGUUAGUGUGUGUAUUUGUCUGUCCGCAGCUAAUCUCAAAUACUACUGGACCAAUCAGCCUAAUAUUUUGUGUGCACAUUUAUGACUGAAUGCUCAAGGACCUCUGGUGGUCACAGUGAUUUGUAAUUGUUGGAAAACCUGUUUCAUUGACUGUUUUAUAUCAUUGCUGACUCCUCACUCCUCUUAACCAGCUGUGAGGGACUGCAAGUCCUUAACAGAAUCACACGGCAAAAGUAUGGAGCACAAAGCAUUUCUGGAGCUUUGGUCUCAUUUUGAACUGUAGCAUCUGCAGAUUAAUUCCACAGCAGAUAUGUUUGGAUCCACUAAAGUUAGGCACAAUAAGAGAUUUUAUACAACAGUUAGUUCCGGCCCUGCAAUCUGAUUGGUCGAGAGACAGUAAAACCGUGAUGAUAUUGGAGUACAACAUCAUGGUUAUUUCACUGUGUAUGUAUCACUCCGCCUCACAGCUGAUUGCAAUCAACAAUCAAAUCAAAACUGACGGUUAGUGUCAGAGGCCGUUUACACGUUGCCGGCUAUUUUCAUAAACGGACAUUUCACCGUCUCCGUUUUCAAAAAGAUCUUCGUUUACACUUACCCGUGUAUAUACACAACAGCACGCCAAACCUGUAGGUGGCAGUGUAACGAGAAGCUCAAGCCUUCCAUGUAUCCAUUGUCACCAUAGCAACAUAGGUCGCACUUUUGACACAGGCGCAAGUUACGGCGCAUACUGUGACGUCGGCUGCCUAUAACUCCGUUUAUCUCCGUUUAUCUCAGUUUACAUGCAAACGCGCAACCGGAGUUUUCCAAAAUCUCCACUCUGGCCGGAGUUUUUAGAAAGACUCGUUUUCAGAGGAGAAAUCUCCGUUUGCGUGUAAACGAAGGGCACAAACGAAGGAAGAUGUCUCCGUUUAUCAAAAUCACCGUGUACGUGUAAACGGCCUCUCAGUUAGGUCAGCAGUUGUGUUGUAGGCUAAUUAAUUCAUCCACUGUCAAACAGCCAAAAAUAUGGAUUUAUUUCCUAAAAUAAGUUUUGAAUUGAACUAUGAAUGAUCAUCAGAGGAAGAUGAGGGAGAGGAGAAGCUGAAUCCAUCUGAGCACACAUCCAGGUUUGUCAGUGUUUCAUCAGCGGAGCUCAAUGACUUGAAGAAAAGCAACAUACUGUCAGAUCAGAAGGCAGAGUCGGCUGUGCCUGUGAAGCAACAGUCCACCAUGCAGUCACCAGAGACUUAUUUCAUCGGCUGCACAAUUAAUGGAAACGUGCAGAUAAAUGUGUAUAAAGAGUAAGUGCCUGGCGCACCAUGUCUGCGUUACAUAGCAACGGUGACAGCGGAGUCCUGGGGGAACUAUUUUUGUUGGCGGAAGACAAAUAAAAUGCUUAAAUUAUCUAUUUUGUCCUCAUUUUUCAACAUUUCUUAAUCAGCCUUGCUUAUUUAACUGUUGAACUGUUGUAUAAAAGCAAUAUCACACUCGAGCUCGUGCCUACGACCGAAUCACAGCGGUGACGAUAUCACAGUACAACAUCACUCCCUCUCGUGUGAUAUUGCUUAAUUAUAAAACACCUUUGUAAUCUCCACCACCAUACUGGGUGUAAGGGCUCCAGGAGGGACAACUUGUGCAUUGUCUAGAAUGGCAGCAAUCAGCUCCGGUGGCCAACUGGCAGAGUUCUGCACUCUCUGUCAAGUUUAGCACUGUUUUGUAUUACACGCAUUUCAUAGUUCUGCGUUGAAUCAACGCCGUAGCUAUGGCGUAGUCUCCACGUUGACAUAGAGCCUAUGCCGUAACCUACGCCACAGCCUGACGUGCACCUCCCCAGAAUUGUACACCGCGUCGCGGUGAUUCAGACCUCCUAUCUUGUCGCUGUAUACUGACACCAUUUCCCUCAGUGGAAAGGAAGCCUGUAUUUAAAACGUGUUUAGUGUGACAGUUGGUUUGUCGGUGAACCUUGUGAGUUGUAAUGGUGCCAUUUUGUAUGUCAUUACCUUCGUUAAAUGCUGCUGUUGUCCUUGGUUUUAUAUGAGAAGAGGAAAAGAUCGCCGGCUGUUAGGCUAAUCAAUACAAUUAAAAAUGCAAUAGGCUUGUGCUAAUAACGUUAGCAUGUUGUAUUUGUUUAAAAAAUGUGUUUAGUACAGGACAGUUGUUUUGUCAGUGAACUUUGUGAGUUGUAAUGGAGCAAAACUGUGUGCUGUUACCUUUGUUUUUGCGGUUGUCCUUGGUUUUAUAUGAGAAAGUCGCUAGUUGCUAGGCUAAUUUAUACAAUAUAAAAUGUCAUAGGCUUGUGCUAAUAACGUUAGCAUGUUGUAUUUGUGGGGAAAAUGUGUCCGGAUUUCCACAAGUGUUUGUCUGUGACUCCUGCGAGUUGUAGUGAAGCCAAUCUGUGUACUUGUGUUUGAAAUUGUUAUAAUUCAUUGAUCCACUGAUUUAUUUUUAUUUUUAAAUGAAGCACCCUCAGGUUAAAACGUAGUUUGUCCAGUACUUGGACAGAGCCUCUGGUGAUAUUUUGCAAGGAUGGACAAAAUAUUUUAGUCAUCUUAAAAGAUAAAUACAUGAAUUGUGGGGCCAAAAUGAUUGGUCAAGUGACAGAAAAUCAGAGGAAAAGAGGAUGGUCUUUGCUCAUGCUUUGGGUGUCUAGAUACAGCGGGGACACGGAUUAAUGGGGAAAAGCCACAAAAAGUGCACUUUACAUGUCACCUUUUGAGGUGUAUGUAUGAGUAGUUGAGUAUCACCAUCCUCCCCCUGGGUUUUAUGAAGUAUGUUAGUGUUCCACAGGUUUUGUAUACCAUUAUGCUCAGGAAAGAGUGCACACUGACCCAAAGUCAGAUGAGUGAAUUAACCAGCUUAACAAAUGUCUCCAACCAUGUAAAUGUGCCACUGACAGAGAGAACAACCCACACUGUGUCUUUCCUUCCCUCCUCUAUUCUCACAUAUCCAGAGAACACGGUGACACCACACCGGAUAGCCCUGCCAACCCCACCUGUUACACAACAUACCCAUUCUUGUCAAAACCCCACCUACUCAUCCUUUUAGUUAGGCAACAUCCUCAUUCAUGCCACACGAACACACACAUCAAAUACACUCCUACCCACCCCCGCAACUCUGACCAUCCUCACUCUCCUUUCCAUCUUCCUUUUUUAAUGCUCAAGAUGCUUCUUGUUCUUCACAAUCAGCAUAAGGCGAUUGUGAUAAUGAAGAAACCUUAUUGGUCCUCAUGUUUCUCUCUCCAUGUCUGAGACAGGCUCACUGUGUCUACCUGCUCUCUAGAGGUCGUUCUGUCACCCAGUGAGUGAGAGGGAUAGACGGGGAGGGAGGGGUAGAGACUGAUGAUUCAGAGAGAGGGAGACAGACGUCCUAGAAGGCGGGACAGAUAAAGGAUGAGUCACAGCAUAUGUAGUAGUAGAGGAUAAAAGGGUAGGAGUGAAUGGCAGGCAGAUUGUCCUCAGACGCAGGAAGAAGGACGAAAGCAUUUGACGUAGGAGGAAGAAGGAGGAAAGCAUUUGACAAGACAUGGAGGCUGUGGUGUGUCCAAUGGGUGGCAGCAGCAGCAGGCUGUUUGGCACGUUGGCCCAGUCACUGAACAGUGCUCCUUUGGCCCAGCCUGACCCGUACCCAGAGGACAACCCAGACCAGGACCUGGCUGAGAUCGACCCAGACCAGCUGCUCCGAGAGUGCGAGGAGGCCCUGCAGAGGCGUCCAGCGCGGCCACAUCGGGAUCUGGUCUAUCCCAGCGGUGUGGUUCCCUGCCGCCACAAGCAUAAUCCAUCCAUACGGAUCAUGCAGUGGAAUAUACUCGCACAAGCUCUUGGUGAGGGAAAGGACGGGUUCAUCCGCUGUCCACUGGACGCUCUCAACUGGGAGGAAAGGAAGUACCUGAUCCUGGAGGAGAUCCUUACCUACAGCCCAGACAUCCUGUGCCUACAGGAAGUGGACCACUACUUUGACACUUUCCAGCCCAUCAUGGCCAGCCUCGGUUACCAUGGCACCUUCCUGGCCAAACCUUGGUCUCCCUGUCUAGAUGUUGAGCAGAAUAAUGGUCCUGAUGGCUGCGCUCUGUUUUUCCGCCGCUCACGCUUCUCUCUCCAGUCCACUGCUCACCUGCGGCUGUCAGCCAUGAUGCUGCCCACCAACCAGGUAGCCAUCGUCCAGACACUGAACUGCCAGGUAACGGGCCAGAAGCUGUGCGUGGCCGUGACCCAUCUGAAAGCUCGUAGUGGCUGGGAGAGGCUGCGUAGUGCGCAGGGUGCUGACUUGCUGCAAAGUUUACGCAGCAUAACGUCUGCUAACGUCAGCAGCAGACAGAACGAGGCGGUGUCAGGCACCAUCCCUUUGGUAGUGUGUGGGGACUUUAACGCAGAACCCUCAGAAGAUGUUUACCGGCGCUUCAGCUCCUCCACUCUUGGCCUGAACUCCGCAUACAAGCUGCUUAGCCGUGAUGGGCAGACAGAGCCAGCCUAUACCACGUGGAAGAUCCGCCCCUCCGGAGAGAGCUGCAGCACUCUGGACUAUAUCUGGUAUACCCAUGAUGCUUUGAGUGUUGAGUGCCUGUUGGACAUUCCCACAGAGGAGCAGAUCGGCCCAGACCGCCUCCCCUCCUACCACUACCCCUCUGACCAUCUAUCACUGCUCUGUGACAUCAGCUUCAGGGAGGAGCCCCAUAGAUUGAUGUAGGCUGCCAAUGACAGCAGCAGGCCUGGACCAAUAGGAGGACUGAGUGAGUGGACUGUUUGAAACAAACUCAGUGUUUACUGUAAGUAAGGAAAGUGAACUUGAUAUCUAUCAGACUGAGUUGUGGCAGGGGAAGUCUGACUGGAGUGUGAAGAAUUUGCAAUAAUGAGACACAAACCACUUUCUGUAAUGUUAUUAUUUUAAAGAUAGUCUUGAUGUGGAAUAUUGGAAGAAGUGAAAUGAGACAUUGUAACAUCAUUUCUGAUGGAGAGGAUACUUCUAGUAAUAGCAGUACAUUUGGAUUUGAUCCAUUGACUUGUGUCAAGGUGUGUCAAUCCCCAUGUUACUUUUUUUUUUUUAGCCGUUUAACUAAACACUGUGUUUCUUUAACUGAACUUCAGCUGAAAUGGCAGGUUCAUCUGCUGAAGUUUGCACACUGAAAACCAACUGCAAUACGACUUUUAUCAUUUAUUUAAUUAUUUUAUUCCUUUAACAGUUGAUUAUACCAUAAUCAACAGUUUUUCCUAUAGUGUUUUUAAAUUAAUUAUUUUGCAUUGAAGUAAUCCUCCCUGGUCCCUCACACAGACUGUAUAUAAAGAUGGACAACAAGUCUCCCCCUCCCCACAAAAAUGAAGCCAAAAUAUCUUGGAUACAGGUGCUGCCAUCUUGUGCUGGUGAUGUCAUUUGGAGGCAAGGGAGUGGGGGUGGAGCUGCUAUAUCGAGGCCCCGGCCAACAUAAACGCAAGUCAAUCACAGCUGUCAAUCAUAAUGUUACACCCCCUUUUUAUAGCAUCAAAUAACUUAUUAAAACCAAACUGAUGAGAAAAACAAACACCUGAAUAAACUCUUAUCACUGUGACAAGACCAUCAUUGGGAAAAAAUGUAUUUGACGUGUACUUUGAUCUUUCAGUUCAACCCAUGUCUGCUAACAUGGAGGGGGUGGGGUUUAUGACCAAUAUUGCAGCCAACCACCAGGAGGAAGCAAUCCAGAUGUUUUGGCUUCACUUUUGGGGAGCUGUCAUGUCGUCCAUCUUUAUAUACAGAUGGUGGCCUCUCAGUUUGACAUUGCUUAUCAUGACAGUGUUGUUGCUGUGACUACUGUGAACAUGAGGAGAAAUGUUAGUAUAUGAAAUAAAGUAAUUAUUUUUUCUCUUA